GCGCCGGCGCAGCGCUGGUCCAUGCAGGUGCCGGCCGAGGUGAGCGCGGCGCUGGGCGAGGCGGCCGUGCUGCCCUGCACCUUCACGCACCCGCACCGCCACUACGACGGGCCGCUCACGGCCAUCUGGCGCGCGGGCGAGGCCUACGCGGGCCCGCAGGUGUUCCGGUGCGCGGCGGCGCGGGGCAGCGAGCUCUGCCAGACAGCGCUGAGCCUGCACGGCCGCUUCCGGCUGCUGGGCAACCCGCGCCGCAACGACCUGUCGCUGCGCGUCGAGCGCCUCGCCCUGGCCGACGACGGCCGCUACUUCUGCCGCGUCGAGUUCUCCGGCGACGUUCACGACCGCUACGAGAGCCGCCACGGCGUCCGGCUCCGCGUGACCG